UUAACUCUGGUUCUUGUUCUUGUGCGCUCUCAGUGGUGUGGCCCACAGAAACAGAUAGAGAGAGAGAGAGAGAAAGAGAGCGGUCUGUCUAUACGUGAAUCAAAGAAAACGUAAACGUGCACUAACCGCAUAAAAAAGACACCUACAAAAAAAAAAUAAAAGAGCAGGGUUAACUACAACAGGACCGAGAUACAGACACAAGGACGCAGCCACAGUGAAGAUGUUUAACUUUAUGAAAAAGAGCGCUGGGGAUGAGGAGAAGGAGCGUCGCAAGCGUGAAAAGAAACUGCGCAAAGAGGCUAAAAGCGCUGGCGUCACAGGCAGCAUGAGCACCGACGAACUGCAUCGUCUGGAAGAAGUGCGUCGUUCACUUAAAAUACGUGGUCGUCGCAAGGAGAAAGAGAAGCUGCCCAGCGGCAUAACGGCAGACUACAGUGCGGACUUUUUUGCUGCUUUAAAUGCGGACGCAAACGCCACCAAUGGGAAUGGCAACAGCGGGCCGGAGCAGGAUCGUGGAAGCGAGGAAAUUGUUGCAUCUGUGAUGACACACAUUGAGAGUCGCAGCUCCACCAAUGGCUCUAGCGUGGGCUAUAGUCUUAACUAUGGGGAGGUAACACAUUCGCUGCUUGCGGGCGGACUUAAGAAUCGCUUCUUGCCGCCGGUACCGCCAAAGCCGCCCAAGCGUGGCAUUCUCAAGGGUUCGCGCAGCAACAUGACGAAUGUGCAUGAGGAGUUCACUGGGAGUGUCGCUACAGCUAGCGCUGGUGCUGGAGGCACACCCGAAAUGUUGAUGCGCAACACCAUGCAGAAUGAACAGAUGUUUGGCGGCGGCGGUGGUGGCAGUGUUGGCUCCAAUUCCAGCCAACAUGGCACCUCAUUCACAUCCGUGGAGAGUCUGCGGAGCGACGGGGAUAAUGCGCCACAUCAGCGCGCAAUGACGCUACCGGCAAAUGCACGUUACGGAGCCCCGCAGACUCCCACACAGGCGUCUCAUUUGCAUGUGUUGACCUCACCAUCCCCAAGUGCGGACAGUCUUACAGAUACCACAAACUCCUCGUUUGCCACGCCGCCCUUCUCGCUUAGUCCCGUGGGAGAGUCACAAGGCAUUGAUCGCUGGGCACGUGUGCACGCUUUUGAGGAUGUGCAAUUGCCGCUGCCACCGGUACAGCUGGUGCAACUACCACCUCCCAGGCAGCUGGUUAUACGGCGCCAGAAAGCGCCACGCCAGGACUUUGGCUUUAGUCUGCGCAAGGCCAUUUGCUUAGAUCGCACCGAGUCGUUGACUGCCCCCAUUUUCCGGCCAGUUAUUUUCGCUGAGCCAGGUGCGGGCGGCGGUGCAACAGGCCUGCUGCCCGGUGAUCGCCUCAUCAAAGUGAAUGAUACGCCAGUGGGCGACUUAUCCCGGGAGCUCAUUAUCGAGUUGAUUCGCAACAGUGGCGAUGCUGUCACCGUCGAGGUACAACCCGUCGCUGAGCUGGUGGAGCUCAGCAAACGUUGCAUGGCUCCCAUCACGGCCACCAACGAGGAGAUCGAUCAUUCCAUUAACAACGGCAACUGCAAUACGCUACGUCGCAGCGCCAGCAAACGCUUCAAACGUCAGAGCCGGCAUGAGAAUGGCACUGGUGGGGUGGCCAAAAGUCCCAGCGAUCUGGAUUUAACUGAUGCCACGCAACCGGAACGUGUGUGGCUGGUGCAUCGUGGUGGCUUUACGGCCGCACUGCGUCUGCCCGCCAGUGCCACGCCCACUAGCAGUGAGGAGCAUAAGCUAUGCGUGCGCCUGCUGCACAAUGGCGAGCAGCUGACCGUCGAUGAGGAUGAUAUCGAGAAGCAGAAUAGUCCCGCAUUGGAUCUGGCCGAGGACAUUUGCGAGCUGAAAUAUUUGAACGAGGCGUCUGUGCUGCACUGCCUGCGACAACGCUAUGCCAGCAAUCUCAUACACACCAAGGCGGGACCCACGCUGCUCGUGGUCAAUCCCAUGGCACCGUUGUCGCUCUACUCGGAGAAGGUUGUAUCCAUGUUCCGCGGCUGCAAGACGGAGGAUAUGCCGCCCCAUGUCUAUUCGCUGGCCCAGACCGCCUACAGGAGUUUGGUUGAAACGCGUCGCGACCAGAGUCUCAUAUUCAUGGGUCGAUCUGGUUCUGGCAAAACCACUAGCUUCAAGCAUGCGCUCAACUACUUGGCGUUGGCUGCUGGUGCCUACAACAAUUUCAUAAAUGCGGAAAAAGUGAAUGCGCUGUGCACUAUUCUGGAGGCCUUUGGCAACACGAGAACUUGCCUCAAUUCCAAUGCAACUCGCAUGACGCAGCUGCUCAGCCUAGACUUUGAUCAAACGGGGCAAAUAGCCUCAGCCUCACUGCAGGUGCUGCUGCCGGAGCGUCAACGCGCUGGACGACGCCUGGGGAAUGAGCAUAGCUUUCAUAUAAUGACACGCCUACUGGCGGGCGCUGCUGGGCUGCUGCAAAAGGAGCUGCAUUUGGAGAACAUUUCGUCGGAGGAUAGUCACCCGUUCAUAUCACUUUCGCAGAAGCUAGAGGAUCGUCAUCGAGCUGCGAACGACUUCAUGCGCACUGUGCAGGCCUUUGAGUCGCUCAACAUUGAUGCAAAGGCAGUGCGCGGCAUUUGGAGCAUACUGGCGGCCAUUUACCAUCUGGGCAUUGCGGGAAUAACGCGCAUGGGCACUGGCUCCACCGCGCGCACACAGUUCGCCAAUCCAACAGCUGCACGCAAGGCUGCUGGACUGUUGGGUGUUAAUUUGGAGGAAUUGUCAGCCGCUGCAUUUGGCCUGACGCAGCCAAGUGCCAGCGGCGCCAGCUUAAGCCCCUCAAAGUCACCCACCUCGGAUGGCGGCCAGGAGUGGGCUUGGGAAUGCCUGGAGGCGCUCGUCAUUGGCCUUUACUCAGAGGCACUCGCCGCUGUGGUGGCGCUGAUCAAUCGACAAAUCUGCACCUCAGCUCACACUAUUGCUUCGAUCAUGCUGAUUGAUACGCCAGGCUUCCAGAAUCCAGCUAGCUGUGGCCAGCAGCUGGGCGCCUCUUUGGCGGAUCUGCGUCACAAUUAUCUGCAGGAGCGCCUGCAAAUGCUCUUCCAUCAUACCACGCUGGUAGCGCCACGUGAUCGCUAUGCUCAGGAGCUGGUUGAAAUUGAAAUGGAUCAUGCCUCCGACUGUCAUCCGGGUCCAUUGAUUUCGUUGAUUGAUAAAGCGCCACAGAAUCAUGUGGUGCGUUCGUCACAACGCGAUCUUCGCGAGCAUGAUCGUCGUGGACUGUUGUGGCUACUGGACGAGGAGGCCAUCUAUCCCAACUCGAAUGACGACACAUUCCUAGAGCGCUUGUUCUCACAUUACGGCGAUCGUGAGCAUCAUUCGCUGCUGCGCAAGUGCGCCGGCCAGCGUCAGUUUGUACUGCAUCAUCUGCAGGGAACGAAUCCGGUGCUUUAUGCCGUGGACGGUUGGGUGCGGCACAGCCGCGAGCAUCCUGGCAUACGCAACGCAGUGUCGCUGUUGCAGGACAGCAGCCGUGAGGAGAUCAAUCGGCUCUACAUUGGCUCGCUGACGCGCGGCUCCGGUGCCAUGGUGUUCUGCGGCUCCUUUGCGGGCCUGGAGGGCACACAGUCCUUGCGCCGCGUGUCCAGCAUACGACGUUCCUUCACCACGGCGGGUGUUAAGCGCAAUUCCAUUAUGCUGCAGGUUAAAUUCACUGUCGAUGGCAUCAUCGAUACGCUGCGUCGCACUGGCACGCACUUUGUCCACUGCUAUCUGCUGCAGCAUAAUGCCGGCAAGCACACCAAGUACACGGCCAAUGGUUCACCCAAUGUGGCUGCUGCUCACGCCACCAGCGAAGAGGAACUGGUCAAUGUGCCGCUGCUAAGGAGUCAGCUUCGAGGCUCACAAGUUGUGGAGGCAGCUCGCCUGCAUCGUUUGGGCUUCCCCGAGUCUGUGCCAUUGCUAGAGUUUGUGCGUCGCUUUGGACUGCUUGCCGGCGAGCUGGGCAACAACAAAGACGUCAGUGUGGAACAAAUACUUGCCGUCAACGAACUAGAUAUUGCCAGCUAUCGCAUUGGACCUAGUCAGAUCCUAUUCCGUUCGGGUGUACUCAAUGAACUGGAAGCCAAGCGAGAUGUGCUGCUAUCCGAUCGCAUUAUCCAGCUGCAGGCCUUCUGCCGCGGCUACCUGGCACGCAAGAAGAUCUCCCAGCGUCGCGUACAGGAGCUCGCCGUGCGCUGCAUACAGCGGAAUGUGAAGGCUUUUCUGGCGGUGCGCGACUGGCCCUGGUGGCGCCUAUUGGUGCGUGUGACGCCGCUGCUGAAUGUGCACCGCACCGAGGAGCAACUGAAGAUUGCCAACGAGGAGCUGAUCAUGCUGCGUGCCAAGCUCGAGAAGAUUGAAUUCGAUCGCAGCGAGGUGAAGAACGAGAAUCAAAAAUUGGAAGCCAAGCUAUCCGAGUUGACAGUGGAUCUGGCGGAGGAGCGUUCCACGGCGCAUAUUGCCACUGAGCGCUUGGAGGCGGAAACGGCGGAGCGCUUGAAGCUGGAAAAGGAACUGGGCGAACACCAGACAAAGGUCAAGAACUUGCAGGAUAUGAGUGAGAAGCUGGAAAUGGAGCUGAUAUGCGCCAAGUCCGAUUUGAAUGGCAUCUCUGAGGAUGAGGAUUAUGAGAAUGACGAGGGCGGUGGCGGCGGUAAUGGUGGCGUCUAUAAACUAAAAUAUGAGCGCGUUGCUAGGGAGCUAGAGUUUACCAAGCGGCGACUGCAGACGCAGCAUGAGCACGAUCUGGAACAGCUGGUCGGGCUCAAGAAGCAAUUGGAAAAGAAGCUAUCCGAUGCCUACGAAGAAGUUGAGGAACAACGUCAGGUUGUGGGCCAAUGGAAGCGCAAGGCACAAAAAAUGACCAACGAGAUGAAUGAUUUGCGCAUGCUGCUCGAGGAGCAAAAUGCACGCAACAAUUUGCUGGAGAAGAAGCAGCGCAAAUUCGAUGCCGAAUGCCAAUCGCUGCAGGAUGCGGCACGCCAGGAGCGACAGGCCAAAGAGCGUUAUGGACGCGAGAAGGAUGUGCUGCAGGCUGAGAAAUUUACGAUCGAACAGACACUUGCAGACACACGCCUUGAUUUGGAGCUUAAGGAAGAGAAGUUGGCAUCGCUGCAGCGGGAGCUGGAGGAGAUGACUUUCGGUGGCGGCACUGAGGAGGAACUGGCGCAGCUGCGUCGCACCAAAAACGAGGCCGAGCGUCGCGCCAAGGAGCAGGAGGAAGAGCUGGAUGAGAUGGCCGGCCAAAUACAGCUGCUGGAGCAGGCCAAGCUGCGUCUGGAGAUGACGCUAGAGACCAUGCGCAAGGAGGCGCGCCGCGAGUCGCAGCAGCGUGAUGAGGAAUUGGAGGAGGUGCGCGGCAAUGGCUAUAAAAAGAUCAAGGCGCUAGAGUGCCAGCUGGAAACGGAGCACGAGGAGCGCACGCUGCUGCUGCGUGAGAAACACGAGCUGGAGCGUCGGCUCGCCAGCAUGGAGGAUCGUGAUCGUGUUGACCGCGAUGCGGACGAAGCGCUGAACCAAAAGCUGCGUCGUGACUUGCGCAAGUAUAAGGCCCUGCUUAAGGAUGCACAGAUACAGCUGGAGCGGCUCAAGGCUGACACGCCCGGCAAGACGCUUAUCCGACAGCUGCGCAAUCAGCUGGAGGAUGCCGAGUCCGCACGCACGCUUGCCAUGAAGGCGCGCCAAACUGCUGAGGCCGAGUUGACCGAAGUCCAGGCAAUGUUUGAGGAAUCACAUCGGGCACGCAACGAUGCCGAGGAGCGGGCCAAUGUGGCACAUCGUGAUCGCGCCGAACUGCAGGCGCAAAUCGAGGAGAACGAAGAGGAGCUAAGUGAACUGAUGAAGAAAUAUAGCGCCACGGUCAAGCAGCUGAACACAGAGCAAAUCAAUGUCUCCGAGUCUGAGUUCAAACUCACGGAGCUGGAGGCAGAGCGCAACAAUCUCAAAGAGCAGGUGGCAGAGCUGCAGCACAGACUGGACAAUGUGGAGAAUCUAGGCGAUCCCUCCAUGGCUGUCAUGUCCAAGCGUUUGGAAAUGCGAACCAAGGAGCUCGAGUCUCGUCUGGAGCUGGAGCAGGCGACACGCGCACGCCUUGAAGUGCAGGUCAGCCGGCAUAAGGAGUCGCUAGAGAAGGUACAGAACGAAGUGACACAGUCAAAGCUACGCGAGAUGCAGGGACAAGAUGUGCUCAAGAAAUGUCAGAAGAGUCUGCGCGACAUGCGCGAGGAGUAUCAUGCAGUUUCCAGUCGUGAGCAGGAAUCGCUGACGCGUCGCAAGGAUUUGGAAAAGAAAAUGGAGGUCAUGGAAUCGGAGGGCACAGCGCUCAAGAACGAUUUGCGUUUGGCGCUGCAGCGCAUUGCCGACCUGCAACAGGCGAUGGAGGAAGAGGGCGAAGAGGAGCUCAGCGAGAGCGAUGAGAGUGUUAGCUCCGUGGGCUCCAUUAGCGACUUGGACGAUCGUCUGCGACCCGUGCACGUGAAGCGUAGUUCGCAGCAGUCGUUAAACGGCGGGCUGCUGCCCCAGCUGCCCCAACUGCCGCCCAGCACGACUCGCACGCUGGUCUGCGAAAAGGAUGACAACAGCCCUAGAGUAACAGUGACGUCGCCAUCGUCGCCACACAUACACAAGCUGGCACUGGCGGCCAAAGCCAUACCGGAUAGCAAACCGGACACAAAAUCUCUUAAAACGACAACAACAACAGCAGCAGCAGCAGCAGCAGCGGCAACGGCUAAAUCCACAUCCACAACAGCAGCAGCAGCAGCAACAGUGAAGACUGCUCUUAAUGGACAGUAGAUUGAAAAUCCAAGCAGCUGCACUUAUACAUACAUACAUGUGUGUGCGUGUUUUUUCAUUAUUAUUAUAAAUUUUA